AUGGAGAAGAAGAGCGAGAUCAACGGGCACGCCAUGCCCAGCUCGGCCUCCACGGACCGGAUGCUGGAGCAGAGCGCGCAGAAAAGCCCCCGGGACAAAGUGCUGGCGUUUCUGAAGCGGAACCUGCUGGUGAUCCUGACCGUGUCCGGCGUCCUGGUGGGCGUCGGGCUGGGCAUGAUGGUCCGGAACAUGCACCUGACCCGGGCGCAGAUGACCUACUUCGCCUUCCCGGGCGAGAUGCUCCUCCGGAUGCUGAAGAUGAUCAUCCUGCCGCUGGUGGUCUGCAGCCUCAUCUCCGGCGCCGCCAGCCUGGACACCCGCUCCCUGGGCAAGCUGGGGGGCAUCGCCGUCUCCUACUUCCUGGUGACCACCCUGAUCGCAUCGGGCAUCGGGGUGGCGCUGGCGUUCAUCAUCAAGCCCGGCGUGGGCGCAGGGGCUCUCAACACCAACAACCUGGGACUGGAGAGCGUCACCACCAACAAGGAGACCACCGACUCGUUUUUAGAUCUGGCCAGGAAUUUGUUCCCUGCUAACUUGGUGGCUGCUGCUUUCCGCUCUUACGCCACCGACUACAAGAUGGUCGCCGCGGGAAACGACACCAACGGGACCACCCUCUACCAAAAGGUGCCCGUCGGGACAGACACAGAUGGCAUGAACAUCCUGGGUCUGGUGCUGUUUGCCAUGGUGUUCGGCGUGGCGCUGAGGAAACUGGGAGACGAAGGAGAGGAGCUCAUCCGUUUCUUCAACGCCUUCAACGAGGCCACCAUGGUGCUGGUGUCCUGGAUCAUGUGGUACGUCCCCUUCGGCAUCAUGUUCCUGGUGGGCAGUAAGAUCGUGGAGAUGGAAGACGUGGUCCUUUUGGUCACCAGCCUGGGGAAGUACAUCUUCGCCUCCAUCCUGGGCCACAUCAUCCACGGAGGCAUCGUCCUGCCCCUCAUCUACUUCGGUUUCACGCGCAAGAACCCCUUCAGUUUCCUGUCGGGGCUCAUCACGCCCUUCACCACCGCCUUCGCCACCUGCUCCAGCUCGGCGACUCUUCCCUCCAUGAUAAAAUGCGUCGAGGAGAACAACGGCGUCGACAAGCGCAUCAGCCGCUUCAUCCUGCCCAUCGGCGCCACCGUCAACAUGGACGGGGCGGCCAUCUUCCAGUGCAUCGCCGCCGUCUUCAUCGCUCAGCUCAACAACGCCGAGCUGAACGCCGGGCAGAUCUUCACCAUCCUAGUGACGGCCACAGCCUCCAGCGUGGGCGCAGCGGGCAUCCCGGCCGGCGGCAUCAUCACCAUCGCCAUCAUCCUGGAGGCCAUCGGCCUGCCGACCAACGACCUGUCGCUCAUGCUGGCUGUCGACUGGAUUGUGGACCGCACCACCACGGUGGUGAACGUGGAAGGCGACGCUCUGGGCGCUGGGAUCCUCCACCACAUCAACCAGCAGGAGAUGAAGAAGCAGCAGCAGCAGGGGAAGCAGGAGGACGAGGAGCUGGCGGAGGUGCGGGUGGAGGCGGUGGCCAACGUGCAGGCGGAGGAGGAGACCUCGCCGCUCGUCACGCACCAAACCAAAGAGGCCACGCCGGAGGCCAUCGAGUCUGUCCUGUGAACUCUGCGAGAUACUUUUCACGCCUCCUGACCUUUCUACCUUUCUACAGCUGUGACGUUGCUACUGACUGGAUGCCAUUUUGACUCAGUGUGUGUGUACGUGUGUUCACCCAAACGAGGUCACUGGUCGUUUCACUUGUGAAAACGCAAACCGAAAAAGUGCCAUAUACUGUACGACAGCCUCAAUAUACCUGGAGCUGCUGCAGGUUUUUUUAACAUCUCGGUCUCAUGGGACAAAGUCCUCAUAGCUGGGUUUCCCUCUAAGCAUUUUCAACUAUGCGACUUAUGAUAAGUUGAAUUUAUAAAGGUGAAUUUCGAUAAAAUUUCCUCAGUAUUAAGUUUUUACGCUCGCUUGAGAUUGAGUUAAGAAAGAUGUGAUAAGAAAUUACAGCGGUGGGAAAUGUGUUUCCAGACAAAACAAUGAGGUACUUACAUUUUCAGCGAAAGGCGAGCUAUAAAAAAAUCCAUCUGUCGCAGUUUCCCAGAGACGUUGCAGUUCUGUUGCAUUCAUGUACAAGACACCCGCCGCUACGUUUCCAUUCAUAUGUGCUUUGUGUUCUUUCAGAAGCUGCAUCGAUUUGUUUUUAUCAUAGACUGUUUAAAAGAUGGACGACACGACAGCUCCUUAAAAGUGAAGCCAAAACAUCUCUAUCGCCCCCUGGUGGCUGGCUGUAGUAUAGGUAAAAAAAGAAACCCCUGCCCCCUCCAUGUUAUCAGAUGGGAAACUGACCAAACUAAAAAAAUCAUAGUGCACAACAAAUGCAUUUUUCCAAAAGAUGGUUUGUCAUUUUAGCUAGCUCUUAUCGUGCUCAUGUAUGCGCAGUUUUUCUAGUAAGGUUGAUUUUAGUUACUAAUUGGGGUAUAACGUCAUGAUUGACAGCUGUGGAGUCACAGAGCCAUUUGUGAGCCCAGUUGUAACCAUGACUGUCAUACGAGAUAAAAAAAUCUCUCUUUACCAGUUGGUAAACGUCAAGCAUGCCAACCUAUUUACGCCGAUGACACCCCGCUGUGUCAACAGGUGGCACUAGGCUAUGUAGUGACACACACAUUACAAACUCUCACGGCAGUGUUUCUGCAGGCACAGCCGUUCCUGACUGAUUCAAUGAAACAGUACAAAAGAAAUCACCGUGGCGAUUGGUACAUUUAUAGCCACAGACAUGACAGGUGCGCUUUAAUGGAAAACACAGUUUUCACAACAUGCUGACUGUCACUGAGCCCCGGCACGCUGCUCCUUCACCUGCUCCUUUGAGCCGGACUGUAAUUCCUGCUUUUUACAAAAAAAAAAACAAAAAACAAAAAAAACAAUAGCCCUAAUAGAGAAGGAUUUGAGGGAGGUCGAGCGCAGAUACCUGAUGGGUCAG